AUGGCUCAUUAUACACCACUAAUGGUGAUGAUAUUGGUCACCGCGACUUUAGUUUUGUUAAUUGUGUUUUUUCAAGAUAACGAUGUUAUUCUUGCGUAUUCUGUUGUAUCGCUUUUUCUUUCCAUUAUCGUUUUAUUAGUGCUUCUAAGCAGUGGCGGUGAUGCGACCUCCAGUAAGGAUUUCAAAGUCAAGCUCUUGCUAGAGGUCAUUACAUGUAAACCAGCGGUAAAAGGGAAGGAAUGGAGGAUAAUCACACAUAUUAUGAUUCACUAUUUACUUGAUAAUAGCUUGUUGAAUACACCAUACUACUUUUAUUGCGAGAAAAAGUGCUCUAAAUUUUUCGAAAGCCUGGUUGAACAGAAUAGAUCCAGUAAAUAUUCAAGUUCAUCAACAAGUGCAGCAGAAAAUACACAGUCACUUGCAUCAGAAAACGAGGUUUCGAAUGGGGUGGCAACAUCACAUAUUUUUACUUCUGACCCAGAUUUGGAGGCUUACUUUAUUAACGCUGCAGAACUUUUCAAAGAAGCUCAAUUUGAGUAUUGGAGAAAGCAAUAUCCUGACGCUGAUUUACCGUAG